GCUUCUGGAAGGCCACCUGUCCCCCGUCAUGUGCCAGUCCCCUCCUGGUCUUUGUCAACUCUAAAAGUGGUGAUAACCAGGGUGUGAAAUUCCUUCGACGCUUCAAGCAGCUCCUGAACCCGGCUCAAGUCUUCGACCUGGUCAAUGGUGGCCCACACCUCGGUUUGCGCCUGUUUCAGAAGUUUGAUAAUUUCCGGAUCCUUGUUUGUGGCGGCGAUGGUAGUGUGGGAUGGGUCCUAUCUGAGAUCGACAAGCUCUGUCUGCACAAACAGUGCCAGCUGGGAGUGCUGCCUCUGGGCACAGGCAAUGAUCUGGCCCGGGUUCUGGGCUGGGGUCCAUCCUGUGACGAUGACACUCAGCUGCCACAGAUCCUGGAAAAGCUGGAGAGGGCCAGCACCAAGAUGUUGGACCGCUGGAGCAUCAUGACCUACGAGAUCAAGAUCCCACCCAAACACAGCUACCCCGUCAGCCAGGAAGGAGCUGACGACUGCCAGUUUCACAUUUCAGCGUAUGAAGACUCAGUAGCUGCUCACCUCACAAAGAUCCUCAAUUCUGAUCAGCAUCCAGUGGUCAUCUCCUCCGCAAAGAUCCUGUGUGAAACUGUGAAGGAUUUUGUUGCUAAAGUGGGGAAAGCAUAUGAGAAAAGCACAGAGAAUGCUGAUGAGUGUGACUCCAUGACUCUUAAAUGUGCCAUCCUGAACGAAAAGCUGGACUCUCUUCUCCAGACCCUCAACUCAGAGUGCCAACCUCUGCCUCCACUUCCCCACUGCACUCCUCCCAUUGUAGUGGAGGAGCAGGAAGAAGAAGAAGAGGAGGAGGAGGAAGAGGAGGCCAGUGAGGAAAGCCUAACAGAGCUGAAGGAGAAGUUGGAAGCAGAAGUGACAGAGAAGGGUGGAGGAGGAGGAUCUGCUCACCCACUGUUCAAAAGCAGGGAGCAGCUAAUGCUCAGGGCCAACAGCCUGAAAAAAGCCAUUCGUCAGAUCAUCGAGCAGGCUGUGAGAGUGGUUGAUGAGCAGAAUGCCAAUACAGAGGACACCGAGCUGUCAUCGUCCCUGGAGUUUAGAAAGGACAGUGAGGACGAGAACAGAGACAGUGAAAAGGACGAAGACACCAAAGAACUGGAAGCCAUGUCAGCUGCUAAAUCCCCCUGUUCUCCAACUGAGAGGAGAAUUAGCCGCAGUACUCAGUCCUAUGGCCCGUUUACCAUCACCCCCUUUACCACCAGCAAGGAGAACCUCCCCGUGCUUAACACACGCAUCAUCUGCCCUGGGUUGAGAGCAGGGCUGGCUGCCUCCAUUGCUGGCAGCUCCAUUAUUAGCAAGAUGCUGUUGGCAAACAUCGACCCCUUCGGUGCGACACCCUUCAUCGACCCUGACCUUGACUCCCUUGAUGGCUAUAUGGAGAAGUGCGUCAUGAACAACUAUUUCGGUAUCGGCCUUGAUGCCAAAAUUUCACUGGAGUUCAAUAACAAGCGAGAGGAGCAUCCAGAAAAGUGCAGGAGUCGUACCAAAAACAUGAUGUGGUAUGGUGUUUUGGGGACUAAGGAGCUUUUACAAAGAACAUACAAAAACCUGGAGCAGAAGGUCCAGCUGGAGAUAUUUUGUGCUCCAUCGUUUGAUGAUAAGAUCCUGGAGGUCGUGGCUGUGUUUGGUAGCAUGCAGAUGGCUGUUUCCAGAGUCAUCAAACUCCAACACCACCGUAUAGCACAGUGUCGAACAGUGAAGAUCACCAUUCUGGGCGAUGAGGGUGUUCCUGUUCAGGUGGACGGUGAGGCCUGGAUCCAGCCACCUGGAGUCAUCAAGAUCCAGCACAAGAACAGAGCCCAGAUGCUGACCAGAGACCGGGCGUUUGAGAACACACUAAAGUCUUGGGAGGAUAAGCUGAAGUAUGACAAGCCUCAUUUACGACCUCACCUGUACCCUCAGCAGUCUGUGGAUCUGGCCACAGAGGAGGAGGCUGUCCUGCUGCAGAUGUGUGCCCGAGCUGCUGAGGAGCUCAUUACCAGGAUCUGUGAAGCUGCAAAAACCAACGGGCUUCUGGAGCAGGAGCUGGCUCACGCUGUUAAUGCUGCAUCUCAUGCCAUCAACAAAACACACCCCAAGUUCCCCGAGAGCCUGACCAGGAACACAGCUAUUGAGGUGGCAAGCACGGUCAAAGCACUUCACAAUGAGACCGAGUCCCUUCUGUUGGGUCGAGUCUCUUUGCAGUUGGACCCACCAGAGGAGGAGCAGCUCUCCAGCGCUGUGCAGAGCGUGGAGGUGGAACUGGGUAAACUGGGAGAGAUUCUCUGGCUCUACCACAUCCUGCAGCCCAACGAGGAUGAAGAUCACUCUCUGGAUUACGGCAAGAGGAACAGUCGGAGCAGCAUGUUUCGCAUAGUGCCCAAGUUCAAGAAGGAGAAGACCACCAAGAAGUGCAGCCCUCAGUCAGGAUUUGGGGAUAUCGAAGGUGGGUCAUAUGAAGAGAAUCCUGCAGGGAACCAAGGAGCUGGCCAAAGCUUCAAUGGUUGACCUCUGAACUGGGAGAAAGCUGCCGGAGAGGGGAACAAACAAAGCCUGURACGUGAACGGACACUUUGACAGCGUCUCAGGCAGUGGGGGAGCAGACAGGUACUCCUCUGUUCAGAAAGCCUCGGUGGUGUUGAAGACAAGAUGCAUUUAAACGUGUUUGUGCCAAAACGACAGUGAACCUGUGAGAAGGUUUGAAUGAAGUCAUGGAGCAACUAAAGCCAUUUCUAAGCUCUAAUCCCUCUCAUAGCACGUCAUCAGAUAUGCAGACGAGCAGUCAGACGACCAGAGGUCUUUGUGACAAACAAGUAGCAAAAUGAGAACUUCCAUGAUGGUUGGUUCAGUUUGUUCCUGUGAAACAUCACUGACAGAACAUAAACAUCACAUGGUCUGCAGGUGGGGAACAGUUAGACUAUGCUUGUUCAUCUUUAAGUAUCUUUACAUUGCAUGAUUAGUGUCUUGGUUUUAUCUGUGCUAAAUAACACUUGAACCAGUUUACAUGACUUAAUAAGUAUUGCAAUGCUGAUUGUUUCUACUGAAAGCCUCCUUUUUGAUCUAAACAUUAAGUUUAGUUUGAUUACUUUUGAAUUUAAUUCAUUUUGUUUGCAUGAUAGUGAUGUGUCCAAAAUCUCUGUUAAGUGCCAUUCUCUGUCAUUUGGUGUAAAAUGUGAUUUAUUAGCAGUAAAAUAAGACAUUUUUGCUGAGUUCUGAAUGAACAGUUAGUGUAAACAGACUCUAUGGGUGUGAAAUACAUUGUCUUGAAWAAGUCUCCAUACAUUUUGAACUCUUGAACAUUUUGUCAUGUUACAACUAUAAACUUUGAAGUAUUUCACUGGGAUUGUAUGUAAAACCAGUGGAGUUUACUGUAAAAGUGAAGUGGAAGCUGUGGAUCUCUACAGCUCUUUGUCUACUUCUCAGAUUAAUGCUCUCCUUGGUUGACUUGUUUGUCCAUGAAGGUUUUCAGUUGUGCCAUAAUUUCCUUUUCUGAAUGAUGGUUAAAACAGUUCUCCAUGAAACSUUCAAAGCUUAGGAUGUUUUAUAACCUAAUCCUGUUUGAAAUAUUUCAACAACUUCAUCCUUGAAGUGUCUUCUGUUUUUUUUAGCUUUCAUGAUGCUGUUUUCUCUUUAAUGUWUCUCAGGUCCUCUCAGAAACACCUGCUUUAUACUGAUAUUUAAUCACACACAGGUGGACUGUAGUUACUAAUGAGUGACUUUUGAAGGCAGGUGCUUCAACUGGAUUUUAGUUCUGGGCUGAGAGUAAAGGUAUUUAACACAAACGUCUGGGCUGCUGUUUGUAAAGUUACACAGUCAGAAAUUACCACCAAUAUUUUUGUUUUAUUUAGAGUUUUAUAAGA